CACUUUCUCACAGAGCAUCCCACGCUGUAUUCUGGUUACCUGAGUAACUGCAGGAGUACAGGAGCUAUCUAUCUUACUGUGAACAUGGAGAUACCAGAAGAUCAGGUCCAGCCAGCUGUGAAACUGAAGAAGCCCAGAGUGAGGACAGAGGAGAGCUGGCAGGCGAAGAGGGAGCGGGACAGGGUGCUGGCUAAGACCAGGAUUAAUAUCGGCUCUGCUUUUGAACAGUGGAGAGAGCUACGGGAGCUGAAGAGCUUCAGGAGUGAUACAGAACUGGCCAUUUUUCUGCUGCACAGUAUUUCAAAAGAAAAACCCAUGGCAGAAACAUACUACACUACACCCAGAACAGAUUGGACUUCAUCAGAUGAGUCUACGAGUUCAGUGUCGGAGAGCAGGAAUAAUGCCACAGGCAUUGAGAACAACAGCCAGUCUUCAAGAAAUGGUGAAGGCGCUCAUCAGCAGGACAGAGCAGCAUCAGAUGUGCAAAGGAAGCCGUCCUGUCGAGAUGAAGAAGAAUGCUCUGAUUUAUCUGAGAGCAGUUAUGUAAUAUUAAAUAAGGAGGUUCUGGUGACGAUGAUGUUCUGCUGUUUGGAGUGCUCCGGCGAGUGCAUGGUUCGAGGGAAAGGAAAAGGAGGGAAUCUCCUACUGAGACAGGACUGUCUGAUCUGCCGUAAUUACAGAGUUUGGACCUCCCGGCCUGCUCAAAUCAUAAAGGAAGAGGUAGCAGAUUUGCCUGUAACAAGAGCUGAUAGUGAUGCAGAGGAAGACUUGAGCACAGCGUGGAGAAGUCAUGGUGACAAUUCUACUUUAGAGCAGGAGGACAGACUGGACUUAAAUGCUGUUCUAGAAGAAGCCCACGCUGUUCAGGAAAACACACAGGCUGUUCCAGAAGAAACGCAGGCCACAGGUAGCAACACUGGUGUUGCAGUAAAAAAAGAAAAGGAAGAUGAUGGUGAGAGGGAGGUGGAGAGUCUCUUGAUGGAGACGUAUGAGGAUCAAGUUUCGCUUUCUCCAGUCCAAGAGAAGUCCAACAUCGAAAGCGAAGACUUUAACGUGACUUCAGUAACAAAUGACUCAACUGAGCCUGCUCAAACAUCAGUGACUGCUCAGAAAGAAGAUUCCAAGAAGAUCCUUGGAAAAGGAGAGCAGGGACAAUCAGAAAACGAACCAAAAACAAGCGAUUCUAGUUCGUAUGAAUCUACGGACAGCUCAGAUGAAGAACGCUGCGAUAAAGACUUUACCCGUAAGCGUCAGAAGAUCUUUCAGAACACUGUUAAACCAAUAUAUUGGUGUGUAGACUGCGGGGCAGUUGCGCACAUGCAGUGCACAGUCCGGAGACACCAUAAGAUCUUUGGCUGCCCAGCCUGUGGUGUCGAGGACAGUGCUGAGGGCAGCAAGUUUAAAGGCUUUUCAGUUCAUUUCAGUGAUAAAGAGAGUUUUCAUAAGCAUGCUAUGGAAGUGCACAAUGCGGUAGAAAUCCCUCACGAACGCACAGCUUGCCCAGACUGUAAUAAAACCUUCAGGGUUCUUCAGGGCCACGUAUGCGAGUACAAAAUCAAACCGUUCUUCUGCCAUUUAUGUCACAAGCGAUUCGCCACAGAGGUCGGACAGAAGGUGCAUUACCGCAGGCUGCAUAAAGACUACACCCACCUCUGCAAGUUCUGCAUGGCGGUAUUCGAUUCGAGAGCGUCCAAACUCGACCACGAACAGGACCACAGCGAAGACGAGCUGCCCUUCCUCUGCCCAGACUGUCCUGAACAGUUUAAAGACUACAUCACGCGUAACGAACACCUGAAAAGCCACAGAGGUCAGAAGACUUACCCCUGCCACAAAUGUGAUCGAAUACUUACCUCUCUAAACGGAUACGAGAGGCAUGUGCUCACCCACUCAGGAGAGAAGCCUUACACCUGCGAGGUGUGUGAACGUUCCUUCAGCCAGGCCGGACACCUGAAGUCUCACAUGCGUCUCCACACAGGAGAGAGACCCUUCAUGUGUGAGCAGUGUGGAGAGUGCUUCAACCACAAUGUCAGCCUGAAGAACCACCUCAUGAGGCGGCACUGCAACGAUUCCGCUCCUGUCUCAGGGGACGAGAGCAAAGCAAAAGGUAGACCCACAAGAAAAGCAGGCAGAAAAAAGCGAGCAAGGAAGAGCUUCUCCAGUUUUGCUGCUGCUGGGGAGCUGGAUGUGGAGUUAGAUGAGGAAAUGGACUAUUGGGAGGAGAGCCAAGAGUCAGACGACGAUGGGGAAGAGAAGAAAAGAAGAUGCCAGAGGAAGAAAUGGAAAGAGGAGACGGAAUGAGGCUUUCGAUUAUUUUUUUUUUAGAAGGACUUUCCACUUGAUUGGAUUAAUUUACCUUAUUGUUAUACAAGGUAGCUGUUUUGUCAAAAUGUUACUAAGAGCGUUUCACACCAGCAAUAUUUGAUUCGAUUGAAACAGACUCGUGGUGCACAUCAAUUCAGCAGGUGUGCAAUCAGUAAUCACACUCGGGUAAGGACUAUAAGAAUCGUAUCAAGGCCUGCAAGAAGCAGUGGUCUCGGUCUGGUUCCAAACUAACUCUAGAGCAGAGACUGUAAAAAAAGAUGGACGUUGUGUCGCCGUUUCCAUUCAUUCAAUGAAAAUAAAUCCAAAAUCUUCCACCAUGUUGGCGAUCCUGAAACCCGAGUCUGUAGAGCGCAGUAAAGACCAGAGGAGGGAGAAAGACUGUGGAGAGACCGCCUUCUCAUUUAAAUAACCCCGCCCCUGAAGGCUGCCCCCACAGAGCUAUACACAGUCUAUGGUCCCACCCAUACAGUCAUUGGUCCCACCCCAGGCUAGGUGUAACCCAGCACUUUUACAAUAACCACACCUUUUUUAAUAGAGCUGAAUAACGAUUUAAAAAACGAAUUCUGUGGGGAUAUAAAAAAUUGACAAUAUAAACAGAGGUUACACUAACUGCUGCAUUAAAAUAAAGGAGGUAGAAUUACAGUAUAUUGGAAAAAAACGUGAUUGAAAGUUGGUGUGUUUUGCCAUUUAAACCUAUGGGGAUGGGUGGGGUUACACAGCUUUCUGCAACCAAACAGCAGGAGGCUCCCGACCUGUGGUGGCUUCACUUUUGAGAGACAAUGCUCUGUCCAGCUGUACACAGUCUGUGCUCUAGAGCAUUAAGUUUGUGGUGAGAAUAUGAACGUGGGUCUCGAUCCGACCCAAAUCCAUUUAUACUACAACUCUAUUAACUUUGAGCUACACUGCUGUUCAGGUGCAGUUUAACUUGAUACAUCAGCUCCAGGACCCCUGAUCACAUGAUGGUUUGGUGUUGGACCAUUGUUAGCACUUAUUGGCCGCUGUGUUGGACUAGACUUGUACUACACAUCAUUUUAAAGGGAAAUGUAUUCUGACUGGGAGAGUGCUUCUUAGAGAUGGUUGCAAACUAAACCUACAAAAAGUGUGUGUUUUCACUGCAGUCAUUUCUGAUACCAUGGCCAGUGAGUGUUGCUAGCAGACAGACUGACUGACAUUUUUUUUUUUUUUACAGAUGAUGUCUGUUCAAGGAGAUAAUAAUUUGAACAUUAUUAUGAACUUGAGUAAUCAGAUAAGUGAAAAAACAAACAUCAUGCAUAGACUAAUAAAACUGAAAGAAAUCAAAGUGACCUGGGCUUCCUGAAAACUAUCAGUCUUAGUAAAUAAUAAAAGAACUGAGCCAGUUCUGUUCAGAGUGAUUAGUCGAACCACAAACAUUGAUUCAGCAAGGCCAAAUAUGCAGUAUUUAUUUAAUAUUACGGCCAAAAAAACAUAGAAAUGUGUUGAAAUUAAUAUCAUUAUACAUAUUCUGAAAUUAAAAAAAAAAAAAAAAAAAAAA